AUGAAAUAUGAGGAGAGAGGAAGCAGUGUUCAACAAGCCUGUGACUCCUGUAGGCUACGAAAGUUGAAAUGUUCAAAGGGUUUACCGCAGUGUCAUAAUUGCAAAGAACACGGUUGGAAAUGUGUUUACUCUCCUAAAGCAGUCAGAACUCCAUUAACAAGGGCAUAUUUAACGAGAGUAGAGAAAAGAGUUAACGGCUUAGAAUCUUUAUUGAAGCGGAUUUUGCCUGAAGAUGUAGAGAUUAACGAGCUUUUACGAACAAUUGAGAUAGAGAAAUCACAUUCUAUAGACGAUGGUGAUAGCAGUGGCAUAGAUGAUGUAAGUCAGCAGUUCUAUAAGCAGAUCAAUUUGACUGCAAAUGAACUAAGCGAAAUUCCUAUUACAUUGAAAAAUAUAAACAAAAUAAGCCAAAGAAAAGCUAAAGUUGGUGCUACUGAAAAGAAACGUGAGUUUCAACCAGAAGAUUAUUUGAUAAACAUAGAAAAAAGUGAUUUGAAUUCGUUUGAUGAGAGAGAUGAUUUUAAUAAUUCGCAGAUCUUAUACGAUUCAAGUAUUGAUGGGAUGGCAGCUUUAUCAAAUGAUAUUGGUUUGAAUUUUGACAACUCAAAUGGUUAUUUUGGUAUCAAUUCAAGCAAUGGUUUAUUGAAAUUUUUACAAGCCAAAACAAGGCAAAAUGGGAACGGCAUACUAAAAUUGAACAAUUAUAAUUAUGAUUUUAAUAAUGAAGAAAACGAUAAUGACCAUAUGCUAGAUAAUGAAAUUAACAAUAUUUGGAAAUCCAUAAAUAGUGGUAAAAUUGAAGACUUAUUGGAUAAUCUUGACUUUCAGUCCAUUAUGAUUAAUUCAUUCUUUGAAAAUUACUACAAAGUGUACCCUUUCAUUAACAAAAAGAAAUUUUUCUCUGAAUACUCAGCAUUCAUUGAGAGACAAGAAUCAAGAUAUAAUGAGUAUGAUCUUGAUAUUAGCGAAGAUGAUAAUAAAGUGUUGAGCUUUCAAGUAUUAUUGAAUACAAUAUUAGCUAUUGGAGUUUGGUGUAAGGUAGGAGAGAAUUCCAAGAUCCACACAUUUUAUUACCAAAGAGUUAAAGGCUUCAUUCAACUCUUAAAUAUCUUCGAGUAUAGUGAUACUCAAUUAUUGGAAAGUUUUGUAUUAUUAAGUAAUUAUGUUCAAAAGACAAAUAAACCUAACACUGGUUGGAGUUAUUUGGGUCUAUCGACUAGAAUAGCUACAAGCUUGGGAUUGCAUAAAGAAGUUAGAAUUGAUAAGCACGAAAUUAAUAGUAUUGAUAAACUAGGAUUAUUUGAAGAUAUUGAAAUAAGGAAAAGGUUAUGGUGGGGGAUGUAUUUUUUUGAUGUAGGUACCACUUUAACAUUUGGCAGACCAUUGACAAUUCCUCCUUUAGGUACAAUUGAUUUAGAACCAGUAUCGAAUAUUGAUGAUAACCUAUUGGAUGGUAGUAAAAGCAUUGAAGAAUGUAUUGUUACAUAUCCAACCAUUUACACUACGUUGAUUUAUGAGUCUGAACUUACGAAACUAUCCACACGAAUUUAUAAUUAUAACUCUACUGUAUUAAAAUUGAAAAAUGAUAAAUCUAAAAUGAUAGGUCUAUUAGAUAUGAAUGAAUUGUUGGAGAAUUUUAUAAGGAAUUUACCACUGUGUUUUGACGAAGACGAUGAAAAAUCACACACAUAUGUAUUGAAUAGCUGGUCUCACAAUGGUAAUGACAAUUUAUCUAUCCCAAAGUGGUUUGCGGUAUCUAGGUUGAGACUUAUAUGCAGAUACAAGAAUCUACAGAUGCUAAUAUUUAGAUACAUAUUGUGGGAGUCGACUAAUGAUAAUUCAUUUGAUUUAUCUUACUUAAAUUUGAUAAAAAGGUGUCGUAAAGCUUGCUUCAAAUCAUCUGUCGAGACUGUCAUAUUAAUUGAUAACUUUAUCAAGAGAAAUGAACUAGAUUAUUUGUCUUCUUGGUAUGCUACAUACUUUCUUUUUCAGGCAAUAUUAAUACCCAUCUUAAAGCUAGUUACUAAUGACAAUUCAGAGGGAAGUGUGUAUGAUGAAUAUUAUUCAAGUGACGAGGAAUUGUUUAACUACAUUGAGCUUUCACGAUUAAGUUUUGAUAAGCUAAAAAAGUAUAAUAAAUUAGCGGGUAAAUUUAGCAAACUAAUAGACACAUUAAUUAGUGACAAGAAAGAUGUUGUUGAUUUUAUGUCUCAAUGGAAUGAUGAUAAUAUAAGCAACCUUGACCUGGUUAAUAACCUUGAUGAUUUAUUUCAGUUUGAUACAAAAUAUUUUAAUUUGAAUAAUUAA